CCCCUCCCCGCUGCGCUUUUCUGGUAUUAUUAUUAAAGCGGUAGCCUGCUGGCGCUGAUAAGCAACAAGUUCCCCAGCGGUCUUCCCGCCCUAGCCUGACUAGGCGAAGGUUUUCUUACCUGGCGACAGGGAAAUCUCCCGAGCCGAACGCAGCUUCGCCAGAGCCCCAGGUGUGACCUGAGCAGUGGGCACGGGAGCGGUGUGCAGGCUGGGUUAUUUUUAGGGGGGGUACCGUGAAACUCCUCACUUUCUCUGGGAACUUUCUGUGCCAGGACCCAGUGACGGGCGGUUAGGAGGCAGCCCCAGGAACCACCCGCUAUAUAGCAGGACAGUUGGGCAAUCAUUGGUAACCUCGCUCAUUCAUUAGAAUCACGUAAGAACUCAAAGGGAAACGUGUCUCUCGGAGUGAGGGCGUUUGCGUAAAUCUAUAGGUUUUUCAACAUCGGUGCCAGUUGCUUUGUCUUCUGUAGUCGCCAAGGUGGUUGAGAGUUUUAAGCUUGCGGAUAUUGCAAAGGGUUAUUAGAUUCAUAAGUCACACCAAGUGGUGGGCGAUCCACUGAGCAAAGCCGAACUUCUCACAUGAUGACUUCAAACAAGACACAUUACCUUCCAGCAUCUGUUGGGGAGACGAGAUUUUAAGACACUUGAGUCUCCAGGACAGCAAAGGCACAAUGUUCCACCAGGUGAGAAGAGUGAUGACCAUCCUUUUCCUUACUAUGGUUAUUUCAUACUUCGGUUGCAUGAAGGCUGCCCCCAUGAAAGAAGCAAACGUCCGAGGACAAGGCGGCUUGGCCUACCCAGGUGUGCGGACCCAUGGGACUCUGGAGAGCGUGAAUGGGCCCAAGGCAGGUUCAAGAGGCCUGACGUCGUUGGCUGACACUUUUGAACACGUGAUAGAAGAGCUGUUGGAUGAGGACCAGAAAGUUCGGCCCAACGAAGAAAACAAUAAGGACGCGGACUUGUACACUUCCAGGGUGAUGCUUAGUAGUCAAGUGCCUUUGGAGCCUCCUCUUCUCUUUCUGCUUGAGGAAUACAAAAAUUACCUGGAUGCUGCAAACAUGUCUAUGAGGGUCCGGCGCCACUCCGACCCCGCCCGCCGUGGGGAGCUGAGCGUGUGUGACAGUAUUAGCGAGUGGGUGACAGCGGCAGACAAAAAGACUGCAGUGGACAUGUCGGGCGGGACGGUCACUGUCCUUGAAAAAGUCCCUGUUUCGAAAGGCCAACUGAAGCAGUACUUCUACGAGACCAAGUGCAAUCCCAUGGGUUACACAAAGGAAGGAUGCAGGGGCAUAGACAAGAGGCACUGGAACUCCCAAUGCCGAACUACCCAGUCGUACGUGAGGGCCCUUACCAUGGAUAGCAAAAAGAGAAUUGGCUGGCGAUUCAUAAGGAUAGACACUUCCUGUGUAUGUACAUUGACCAUUAAAAGGGGAAGAUAGUGGAUUUAUGUUGUAUAGAUUAUAUUGAGACAAAAAUUAUCUAUUUGUAUAUAUACAUAACAGGGUAAAUUAUUCAGUUAAGAAAAAAUAAUUUUAUGAACUGCAUGUAUAAAUGAAGUUUAUACAGUACAGUGGUUCUACAAUCUAUUUAUUGGACAUAUCCAUGACCAGAAGGGAAACAGUCAUUUGCGCACAACUUUAAAAAAAAAGUCUGCAUUACAUUCCUCGAUAAUGUUGUGGUUUGUUGCCGUUGCCAAGAAUUGAAAACAUAAAAAGUUUAAAAAAAAAAAUAAGAAUAAAUUGCAUGCUGCUUUAAUUGUGAAUUGAUAAUAAACUGUCCUCUUUCAGAAAACAGACAAAAAAAAAAACACAACAAAAAUUUGAACCAAAACAUUCCGUUUACAUUUUAGACAGUAAGUAUCUUCGUUCUUGUUAGUACUAUAUCUGUUUUACUGCUUUUAACUUCUGAUAGCGUUGGAAUUAAAACAAUGUCAAGGUGCUGUUGUCAUUGCUUUACUGGCUUUAGGGGAUGGGGUUUGGGAGGGUAUAUUUUUGUUUGUUUUGUGUUUUUUUUUGUUUGUUUGUUUUGUUUUUUUAGUUCCCACAGGGAGUAGGGAUGGGGAAAGAAUUCCUUCAAUAUAUAUUCUGGUUGAUAAAAGAUACCUUUGUACGUUGUAAAGAUGUUUGCAAUAUCAAUCAGAAGACUGGAAAGUGAAUAAAAAUUAAGGCAACUGAACAAAAAAAUGCUCACACUCCACAUCCAUGAUGCACCUCCCAGGCCCCUGGCUCACCCCUUUGGUGUUGGUCAGGGAAAGCUUCUUUUGUUGGAAAGACCUAUGUUUGCUUAGAGCACAUUCUUUCCCCCCCUCCCCCUCUGGUCCCCUCUUUGUUUUGUUUUUAUCUUAGGGAAGAAAAAUCAGUUGCGCGCUCCGAAAUAUUUUACCACUGCUAUGAAUACGUGAACAAAUUGUAUCACAUCAUGGCACUCACAUAAGCAUGGAGAACAGUGAUUUAUUUAUUUAUCUUUUUUAGGAGAGAAAAAGAAUAGCAAAAAACCCUAAAAAUAAGAUUCUUUUUUAUGAAUGGUAAACAUUUGAAUAAAUCAUGGUAAGGCUUAAAAAACAAAUUCGUGGUAAGGCUUAAAAAUGUCUUGCAAGCAAAAGGUAGAGUUCUAUAUGAGCCCAGAAAUACCUAGGUCAGAACAGGAAUCCACAUUGCCAGUGAAAUGAGACUAAGCAGCUAUAUGGAGGCUAUGUGGAGCUGAUGUGUCAUUUACCGGCAGUGCAGGAGGAAUUUCUGAGUGGCCCUCCUAAGGUCUAGGUGGAGGUGAGGAAUGGUACUUGAGACAUUCCAAAAGGAAGGCCUCUGAAGGACCCUUCAGGUGGCCCUGGAAUGACAUGUGUCAAGUUGGUUUGACCUCGUGCUUUAAGUGCCUACAUUAUCUAACUGUGCUCAAGAGGUUCUCAACUGGAGGACCACACUCAAGCCGACUUAUGCCCUCCAUCCCACCUCUAGAUAAUUUUGCAUAAAGUUGGAUUAGCCUGGAGUAGGUUUGGAGCCAAAUGUGGCAUUUGUGAUCAUGAGAUUAUGCAAUGAGAAAAAAGAUGUUUGCUACAUGAACCCUUACUGCUUCGAAAUUAGACUUGAGGAAACCAGGGUUUUUAUCUUUUGAAAACUUUUGGUAAGGGGAAAGGGAAUAGGAAAAAAAACUCCAAAACUCAGGCCGAAUGAUCAAGGGGACCAAUAGAAAAUCUUGUCCAGAGAGAACACUUUGGGAAGGUGUCUGGACAUCCAGGACAACAGGGCUUGAAGGUGCCUUGCUCAGUGCAAGAGGCCAGGACAGAGCUGACAAAAUGAUGCUCGCCAGUGAAGUCCACAGCAACCUCCUGCCCAUCUUGUCUGUUCAUGGAGAGAGAGGGUCCCUCCCUCACCUCUGCCAUUUUGGGCUAGGAGGAGUCACACUGGGAGCCUGGAAUAGUGGUUCUUGGGAAAACGGGUACCCCAGUGAAAGCUAACUAAGCCCAUUCACCCACUAAGCCCAUUUCAAGCCUAGAAAUUUUAGUGGUCACUACCUGGAACAGUGUCCUUGAGUAUCAGAAAGCCGCAAGCAAUUGCUGCAUCUUAGUAGGGUGAGAUAAACAGAACAGGUUGUCCACCAUGACCCAGGGAAUGAAGAUACCAUCAGCAAAUAAUGUCUAUUUGUUCAGUCUUUCAUUUGAAGCUAGCCUGUCUUUUACGGUACCAUCCAAAUACCUGUCUUUAAAAGAAGGAAGACUUUAUGUAGUAUAGGUUUGUUUUGUGCUGUUUGAAAAAAUAUUAUCUUUGUAAUUAUUUUCAACAUGUAAGGAAUGCUUGGAAUAUCUGCUAUAUAUUAACCUUUUGCAGCUUCCUUUUGAGGGACAAAAUUAAAAAACAAAAAGUCCCCAUUACAAUCUCAAAGGAUUGCCAAGACCAGAUCUGUUAAGUGGUUUUGUAGGAGACAUUCAGCAAUCAUGUGGUCAGUGGCUCUCUCUUACCCAAUAAGAUACAUCACAAUCACAUGCUUGGUGGUUUAUGUUGACCUAAGAUUUAUUUUGUUAAAAUCUCUCUCUGUUGCUGUUUGUUCUUGUUCUGCUCUGUUUUGUUUUGUUUUUUAAAGUCUUGCUGUGGUCUCUUUGUGGCAGAAGUGUUUUCAUGCAUGGCAGCAGGCCUGUUGCUUUUUUAUGGUGAUUCCCAUUGAAAAUGUAAGUAAAUGUCUGUGGCCUUGUUCUCUCUAUGGUAAAGAUAUUAUUCACCAUGUAAAACAAAAAAAAAUAUUUAUUGUAUUUUAGUAUAUUUAUAUAAUUAUGUUAUUGAAAAAAAUUGGCAUUAAAACUUAACCGCAUCAAAAGCCUAUUGUAAAUACAAGUUCUAUUUAAGUGUACUAAUUAACAUAUAAUAUAUGUUUUAAAUAUAGAAUUUUUAAUGUUUUUAAAUAUAUUUUCAAAGUACAUAAAA